AUGCACAUCAUCAAACCAAAAAAUCCUUCCGCGCCCAAGCGCGCCAAGAUGAAGCCAAGCCCAGAUAGCUCGUUGAACAUUCGAGUCCGCGACCAGACCGGCGAGGAGGUCUACUUCAAAAUCAAGCCGACGACGCAGCUCGUCAAGGUCUUCAAUGCUUACGCCCAGCGCAAGGGCAUCAACGUGACGAGUUUACAUUUUUUCUUCGAUGGUAUGCGCGUCCGCAACGACCAGACGCCGCAGGACAUCGACAUGGAAGACGGCGACCAAAUCGAUUGCGGUGACCAC